AUGGAAAAAGAGACAACCUCAACGAAGGAAUGCUUAUUAGAUGAUAAAGUACAGAAUUCACGGAAGAGCGUGCGUGAUGACCAUAUCCAACUAGCUGAUAUAGUCAAAUCAUUUCACUAUCAUCUUCAACGACGAAUGACAUCUGAAAAAGAUGAAAUAUCAAAUCAACAGGAAGAUAAAGAAGAGCGAUGGGCUCGACUCAUGAAGGAAGAGGGCGAACGUAUGAAGGUUUACGCGACUGCGAUGCAUGAUAUGGCUACCAGAUACUGGGAUUCUCACCAAGAUGGAAAAGAAGAUGAGGUCGAUUCGAAUAAUAAUAAUAAUAAUAAUAAUAAUAAUAAUAAUAAUAAUAAUAAUAAUACUUUCACUUCAUCCACUGCUGAUGCUAUUGCUAAUAAUACUUCUACUACAUGUAUUAUUGAUUCUACUCAGCCAAAACGUCAACGUAUAGAAAAGACAAAAUACGCUGAUCAAGAAGGAUCUACUGCGUUAGAGGCAUCACAGCAUAAUGAUCGUGUUGGAUAUUCAUUGCAAUGUGUAGCAGACUAUUACCUUGGUUUGGGUCAACCUGUUUUGCAAACUACAAGGGAAGAAAAGCCUCAAGAAUAUAAUAAUAGUGUUGUUGAUGAUGAUGAUAAUGUAUCUCCCAAGGAUAUGGACAACGGUUGGUAUUUAUCAGGUGAAAAUAUCAGAACCUUUGAACGAAUUCCUCGCAUAGCCACUAUUGCUGUUAAAGAAUGGCGUAGAGCCUAUUAUGCAAAACACGCCCGUCAAGCGAGUGCAUAUGAGGUUGAGGCCGCAGCAUAUCAAGUGCUCUGUAAAUGGGGAACAACAUUCUGGGAAGAAUCUUCCAUAAAGGAAUCAUCAGAUCUUUCAUGUCAAGAGAAUACUUUAACAUCAAGUGGUUCUCGUAGUUUUCGAGGGUUAGCUGCAACACAAGCGGCUAGAUAUAUGUUAAUGACACGUGAUGAAGUUCAUCGUCUAUACCAAAGAGCUAUGAAUACAUCUCUGAAAUCAUCACUAUCACUAUCACUAUCAACUUCACCACCACCACCACUUCAGGUACUUGAUGUUGGUUCAUGUUAUGGUCCUUUUAAGGGAAAAACUGUAACGAAUAAAGUACUUCGAGUACCACUAGCAGUGACAGCCCUAGACCUUUGUCCAUAUGAAUUAAGUGAUGUUAUUCAAGCAGAUUGGCUUGCUGUUGAAUUUUAUGAUCUUGAUGAAAAAGAAUGUAAUGACUCCAAUAGUACUGAGACUUAUCAAAAUACAAAAGAGGAAAAGAUGAUGAAGCUUUACCAAAUAAGGGAAGAGAUGAAUGAAAGAAGUACUUUACCUACACGUCGUCUUUUCUUAGCUCGUGGUCAGUAUGAUGCUGUUUUCUUUUGUCUAAUGCUUUCUUUUCUUCCUCAUCCUCGUUUACGAUACCGUGCCUGUCUUCAUGCUCACCUGGCGCUUAAAGAAGGUGGAUUGCUCGUUAUUGUAAGCACGCGUACUCAAGGCGCCCGACGUAGUUCAUGGAUUGAUGAUUGGAUUACAUGCAUUGAAGGAAUUGGAUUUAAACGUGUACAUAAAAAUAUAAUGGAACAGAUUGUGGGAUUAAGUUUUAGAAAAGAAGCAACCACAGCCAGUGAAGGAGUAGCAUCUGUGUGGAUAGAAAGUAUGAUGAGUCGCCCUGAGGCGGAGGGAGGCUUACGCAUCGUUGGCGAUAACUAUAGCUGA